CGUCACCAGUCAGCCGCCAUCGACGUGAAUGACAGAUCACUGGCUCUUAUGCCUUCUUCUGUUGACAGAUUUGAACUGAUUCGGAUGCUCCUGCUUCUUUAUUACAACCAGUCACAGCGAGCCUGAUGUUGUGCUUGCAGCUCCUUAAUCCCAGUCAGAGGUGUGAAGUUAGCCGUCAGCAUCCCUGUCCCCUUGAUACUAGUUUGCUCUCGCAUAAUGGUUAAUGGUUAGAAUAAACAAAUAAGGUUGUUUGGGAUGGCUGUGGCAGUUGGAAGAGACGUGUGGACCACUGCUGAACUCCCAGUCGGUGCAUGUAUUGAUGCUGUAAAUUUGGCAGUGACUGACUGAAGCUGAGAUCAUCGUAGUCGUAUUUCAGGACGGAGGAUAAAUACACUGGUGCACAGGAGACAGAUUUUAUAAUUAGCAGGGGGAGUGAGCUCAUGUGGAGAUGCAGAGAUAAUUGCAGAAAGAAUUAGGGCUUGUCAAGAAAGCCUGCAAAGUAGACACUACAAUGGACAAGUUGAAAGAUCGCCGCUGCAAAUGGUGUGGCAUAGUAUACAGCUACACAGAGAGCUGGUAUGUAAUGUGCCAUAUAAAAGUGUGUAGAAAGCUUGUUGACACCGGAGAGCCUUCUUGUGCCAUAGAAAAUACAUGUGAUGAGGCUUCACCUUCACCGCAGCCUGAUAUGUCUUUUGAAGAAGUGUAUAAAAGAUUUAUUGAAAGUGAAAGGAUGAAAGACCAGAUGAUUCAUUCUGUGGAAAGUGCGUUCACCUGCACAGAGUGUGGAAAGAAGUUCCUGCGAGCCGCCACUCUGAAGAAGCAUAGACAGACUCACUCCCCAGAAUACCCAUUUGAGUGCUCUAAGUGUGGGAAAAGGUUUAGAGAAAGUGACUCUUUAGAAAUACACAAGACAAGGCACACUCGACAAAAGAAAUUAGAAUGUUCUGAAUGCGGGAAAAAGUUUACUUCACAGACUCCUUUGAAGCGCCACCUGUUGGCUCACUGUGGAAUUAAGCCAUUUAAAUGUAAUGGUUGUGGGAAAAAAUUUAUUUCAAAGAAUUCUCUGAAUUUGCAUCAACAAAGUCAUUUAGAAUCGCUGUUCAAGUGUUCUAUGUGUGAGAAAUGGUUUAAUCAACGUUGUCUGCUGACUAGACACCAGAGGGAUCACUCUCGGGAAAAUCCGUAAGACAAACCAGAGAAAUGUUCGGAUUGUGGAAAUUUAAUUUAAUGAAAGUGGUGGUCUAGGGUCAUACCUUAGCAUUCACACGGGUGAAAAAAAACAAUGCGAGUAUUCUAAAUGCACAGAAGUUGAAUGGAAGUGAUAAGCCAAAGAGACACCAGAUCAUUCACAAAAAUUUGUAGAUGACUGGUCGCAUUUACACAUCAAAUUUGGAUGUAAACAGAAGUAUGACUGCAAAGAGAACUACUAUUAUUAAUACUUAAAUUAUGGAGACCAGUAAAGCUCUUAAUUUGUCUCUGAAUGAAAGAUUAUUUUUUACAGUAAAUUAAAUGGACCUAAAAAAUCACUCCUAGAAUGUUUUUUUUUUU